GUGCUUCGAUCGAUAUCAAAACAAACCGUCUCGGCCGCGUGCGAUACACCAUCGUUGAAGAAAAAGGUGCUCCCCCCCCGAACGUGCUUCACAAUGAAACUAUUAACGUACAAUUUUCUCACUUCCAAGUGCAUUCGGGGUGUUAAAGUUGGAUAUCCACUGAAGUUGAACAUCGUAGAGAAGAAAGAAGUGAAUGCUGAUUUCAACUCGGAAUUUAUCACCCGGAUGCUGCCAAGGCUGGAAUGGAGCGCAAUCUGUGCUGCAGCAGCUAAUAUUGGUUCCGACAUUCCCAGCACGAUGCCCACCGACAUCCUGAACGAUAUGGAAACGCUACAGAAGCUGCACCACAUACUGCUGGAAGUGGACGUAGUCGAGGGUACGCUCGAGUGUCCCGAAACGGGACGCAUUUUCCCCAUCAACAAGGGUGUGCCGAACAUGUUGCUAAACGAGGAUGAGGUUUAGUGUGUCCAUUCAUUGCCGAACCGUUCCCUACCCUCUGUUUAUGAUCUAUUUUUUAAGUAAGUGUAACAUAAGCAUAACAUUUAACCGGGAUGGUCGGUUAGCUAAUACGAUCGGCAACAGAUAACACAUAUUAAACCCGCUAAGGAUGUUUCAAAUCGUACAGCUGAAAACUAAGCAAGGCAUACCCGAAACCAACAACGAAUAAUGAGCAAAACAGGCAGUAAACAAAAUAAGAGAAAAAUAAUCAACUCCCCAACAUUGCCGUAAACUGUUGCUUUAUUGUUCUUUAUUACGAAGAGUGUGGCUGUGUGAACCGUGUCGUGGUGUGCUGUGUGCAUAACACAACGAAAUACGGCCACGGCACGGCACAUCAAACAUUGUUACUUUACUUUUGUUUACUGGAAGAAAGGUGUAUGUAUGCUUAAGUAAACACGCGCUCAUGCAACUGGAUGCGUGGAAAAGGGACGAAUGAUUUGCAGUUACAGCAGUUUUGCAACGAGAGUAAGGUACAUCUUUUGACACACGCGCGCAUCCCCUAUCGUAUCGUAAGUACCGGCAAACCAGGCCAACAAAAAUCGUAUCAAUAAACGCAAAGGAAACCCGUUA